AUGGAUGCUGUGUUCCAGCUCGAUGAUGUAUCAAGAGCUGAGUAUCUGCAGUUACUCAUGCACUCAACUGGCUGCACAUACAUUUGCCUUUGGUCUUACUCGGUUCAAGCAAACUGUUUGAUUGGUUUUGAUGGAUGUUAUGCUCAAGAAAACACUCAGCCAGCUGCUUUGGGUCUCUUCGUUCAAUACCGGCAAUCGGUAUUCCCUCUUGAAAGUGAUCGUAGCCUUGUUCCAGGUUUUGCCUUCAUGCACAAUUUUCCCUACAUUGAACUAGGGGAACCCCGGCUUCAAAAUCAAGCAUCCGACCAGACACAGCAACUCUUUUAUCAGGAAGCAGGAAUUAAGAGGGCUGCGUUCAUGGGAUGCAGGACCGGGGAGAUUGAGUUAGGCUCCUCCAUUGUUGUUCAACUAAAUAUGCAGACGGAGCUGAGAAGGUUUUUCCCAGAAGACUUUUCAAGGCAAUUAUCUCAUGUAGGGAAUCCAAUUCCUACUGACCCGAACCCUAACCUGAACCGACCCUCUUCGUCUUCCUCGUCAUUAAGGUCACUAUCGACCGGUAGUUCGACACCGAUCGAAACAUCAUUGCAACCAAUGUCUUCUUCACCGUUAAUCGUGUAUCCAUGCCAACAAGCCAUGCAGGCGUUAACUCAAAUGCAAAGCAACAUUCAGCUUCCCAUACUAGAAAGUGAAAAUGCGGUCAUAACCAGAGCAAUACUCGCUGUUAUAACCUCUUCAACAUCCACUGAUCCUCCCCAAGAAACUCAAAAAUCUCCUUACAACAUCCAACUAAACCCAAAAGCCACCGCGUUCGAACGUUAUUCCCCGACGACUAUGUUGGCGAGGACGAGUUCACGUGCCCAAAGUCUAUUAAAACGAGCCAUUUUGUUUUAUAGGAUGUUCACUUUCGUGAAAAGUGGUGGACAACCAAUGCGAAGACGUCCCACCGGCAACCAAUUGCAACGUAUGAUGUCGGAACGGAGAAGGCGAGAGAGGCUAAAUGAACAUUUCAAUGCAUUACACUCUCUUCUUCCUCUUGGCACCAAGACAGACAAAGUAUCGGUGCUCACUAGGUCUAGGGAAUACUUGACUUCAUUGAAAGCUCAAAUUGCUGAGCUUAGUAGGCAAAACCAGUUAUUACAGGCUCGGCUAUUGCCUGCUGCUACAGAAGCUAGUGGUUUGUCGAAUGAGACGUCAAGUGUUCUACGUAUACCCGUAUCCGAAUCGAGUGAGAGGUUAAAUGUUCGACUUAUACCAGUACCCGAGUCGACGUCCGAGCAACGGAUGGUCGACUUGAGAAUCGGUAUCAGAGGAGAAUGGACGGUAGAGAAUUUCUUAAUGCGGCUGCUGGAAUUCUUGAAGGAUACAAAUGUGAGCUUGACGUCCAUUGAAGCCAACACCCAGAUAUCAGAACUAGGCUCAGUUAAUCAUGUCAACUUGAGACUCAGAAUUGAGGGCAACGAGUGGGAUGAAACCUCCUUCCAGGAAGCAGUGAGAAGACUAGUUGCUGACAUGGCACAGUGAUUUCAUGUAUUAUUAUUU